UUUUUUUUUUUUAUUGUCCUACUUCUCUCAGCUCAUGCCUUCGAACAUACAAUUACUACUUCUGCAACACCUCAUCGAAUGGUUCCGACACCAACAAGUCGUCUUACUGUUACUCCAGCUACUAAGAUGAGUUACAUGAACAUUAACUCUCGUUCAAGCGACCGUAUCAAACCUGUGAACUGUCGUCGUCCUUCUGUUGGUUUCAAUGAUCGCAUGUCAAGCAUUUAUGAAGAUGACGAUAUUCCUGAACAUCCAAACUUGACUAUGGUUCUCGGUCAAAACAAAAUUACAUUUGAUCAAUUAAUGAAGGAUCAUCCACCCAAAACACCUAUUAUGUUGAUGUCUGAUGAAGAAUCAACUGAAGAUGAACUAGAUGAUUCCUCUCAUGCCUUUACACCCGAUAGUCAACCCUUAUCUCCUGACAACAACCUCAGCUUACGAACUGACGACGAUGACGAUGAUGACGACGACGAUGAAUAUUUCUUAGCAGAUCGUAUCCGAAUGCGACAACUAGCCGAUCCUCACUAUGAUCCUGACUUUGAUUUUACUGAAGGUAUCUAUAUCGACCCUUUACCUUUAUCCAAACAAAACGAUAAUCAAGAAUGGGUUGAACCUGAUUAUGGUCCUCUCGUCAAUAUUGAAAACGUAGCACCCGAUGUAUGGACAAAAGUAUUUGGUCAAACCACUAUUACAAAAACCCCCGCUGGCUAUGUGAACAUUUACCGAAGUGAACCUCCUCGUCCCUCUCCUUUACAAGAAAUUACCGUGGAUCAAAACCGACCUUUAUAUGAAGACAUUGCUGGACAAAGUACACAACAUACAACCAAGAAAAUCCUAGUAAGUGAUCGAAUUGGAGGUAUGCGAAUUAUGCGAUCAUUAUCACCCACUCGUGAUUCCACUCGAAAAGGAAAAGCACCUAUGCCAUCACCACCAUCCAAAACAUCACCAACACCAACAAAAUCAUCAUCAUCAUCAUCAUCAUCUGGUAACAAACUUCAUAAUCGUAGCUACCUUGAUAUGAGCAGUAGCAGAUUCAAGACCUUGGAUGAACAAGCUGAUUUCUUCUUACUAUAGUUAUUAUGCCCCUUCUCACUCCUUAUCAUUUCUAGUUUUACCCCAUUUAGUUACUUCCCAUCUGUUAUAUUUUCGUUGUCUUCCUCCCCCCCGCCCUUGUUUAUAUUUUUUUAUGUCUUUUUUUUUCUUUCUUUACCAAUGUCUUACCAGUGCCAUAUAUAUAUUUUACAUAUAUAUACAUAUACCUUAUUUCUUUAUCAAUUCUUCAAUCGAUCAAAUUUCAAUCAAUAAAAGAAAUUCAAUCCAAAUUCUUUUGACCUUUGAAACAUAUAGUAGAAGGAGAGUGAAAAACUUCCCAUGUGG